AUGGAACUGAAAACUUUCAAAAACGUCCGUUAUAAAAUCUUAUUAGAUGCAGCCAAAGGAGUAGAGUACCUGCACACCAACGGUAUUCUCCACAGAGACAUUAAGCCCGGGAAUAUAUUAGUAGAAGAAUUGGAGAAUAUCACCGAGGUGAAUGCAAAAUUGUCUGAUUUUGGGAGUGCGAGAAAUGUGAAUUUGUUGAUGUCAAAUUUGACGUUUACUCGAGGAGUUGGAACGCCUUCGUUUAUGGCACCAGAGAUAUUGAACGGACAGAAAUACUCAAUUGAAGCGGAUGUGGAUGCACUUGGAAUAACUUUCUUCGAAGCGUUUGCGUGGGAAGAGGCUUGUGUGGAUGUGAAAUAUUUUUUUGAAAUAGCAGAACGUGUGUGUAAGGGAGAACGUCCGAAAAAUAAAAAUUUGACUGAAAAAGAAAUAAAAAUACUUGAAAAAAUGUGGGCGCAAAAUAAACAUGAUAGAAUUCCAAUAGAAGAUGUUGUUAAUAUUAUGCAAAUAAUGUUAGAUAAAGUUCGAUAA